GCGGCCCCGCCCUGUCCCGGUCUGCUCGGUCUGCACGCGCUGCACCGACACUCCCCGGUGCGUCUCCGGUGUGUCUCACAUCAGAGCAGUUUCACUUUUCGUUCUCCGGUUCGGUCCGGCUUAGAUGGCGGCUCACCGCGUGGGGCGGCGGGUGAACCGGGUGUGCGGCAGCCCGUCCCCGAACCGGGAUCCGGGUCAGAACCUGCAGCGGCGGCAGGCCCGGGUCACCGUGAAGUACAACCGGCUGGAGCUGCAGCGGCGCCUGGACGUGGAGAGCUGGACGGACCGGGGGCUGGAGCGGCUGUACCGGGGCCGGGAGGACCAGAUGCCUGAAGAGCUGAACAUCGACGAGCUGCUGGACCUGAAGACUGUGGAGGAGAGAACACACAGACUGCAGGACGUCCUGCAGUCGUGUCCCAGCAGCACUGAGGUGUUCAUCAGCGAGCUGCUGCUGAAGCUUCAGGGUUUACAGAAGCAGGAGGAUCUUCACAACGACGGCAUCGACCUGCCGCAGCUCCACAUCUACCCCACCCGCCCCCAGUCAGCCGACAGGGAGGUGCUGCACUGACAAAACAAGCGUCCCCGACUGAUCCUGACCUCAACCCCCAACAGAGCCGGAGCUGGUGUGUAAAACAAACACACCUUAGCCUCUGUCCGGGGUCCCUCCACUGUCUGACGGUUCUGAACAGCAGCUGCAGCUUCACGCUGCUCAGUUAGAGGUUUAAACUCACCUGUAGUCUGAACGGAGCAGAACCUGAGAAACCAGCUCGACUGAACUCUGAUGUCCACAUUUUAUCUUCACAACCUUCACGUCUGUUCGUUUCUCAGCUGCUUCCUGCCUCGUUCCUACGUCACGCUUAAGUCUUGUAUUGUUUUUGUUUUUUUACACAAUUUUGAAUAAAUAUGGAUUUGAAACCA